GGAAAGUGAGACGAGCAAGCGGUUGCUCUGUUGCAGCUGGGUUCUUUUUUAUUUAGGCCACGCCACAUCGAAAACGGCUCCUGUUUCCUGUCCUUUUUGGCAAGGAAAUUGCUGCUUCGUUGUUCCAUCAAUAAUUUCGCCAAUUCCCACUUGCAGCUCUCCGGCUGUCGGGACUCGGGACGAAGAAUAGCUUAGCAGCAGGCCACUUUUACUCUAUUUUUGACAAAGUGUGGUGCACAAGAAGCUGAUACUCAUUAAUAGCAUCAUCAUAAACAAGCAAGAAGACUCCAUCCACUUGAAUAAUAAUCAUUCCCACAAUUGCAGUUUAACCAUAGUCAAUCACUAUUAAAUAGUAGUAAAAAUGCUGGUUAAAGAGUAUCGAGUGGCAAUGCCCAUCAGCAAGGAAGAGUAUCAAGUAGGUCAGUUGUAUAUGAUUGCGAAACACAGCCAUGAGCAGUCCGAGUCGGGCGACGGUGUCGAAGUCGUUCAUAACGUUCCUCAUAACGAUCCGAUUCAUGGGGAAGGUCAAUAUACCGAAAAAAGGAUUCAUCUUUCAAGUCGACUUCCAUACUGGCUCCAAUCAAUCACUCCGAGGGUAUUCUAUAUUACCGAAAAGGCAUGGAAUUACUAUCCUUACACAGAGACUGAGUACACCUGCUCUUUCCUGCCAAAAUUUAAUAUCUUCAUACGUACAAAAUAUGAAAAUAAUUCUGGGACCACUGAAAAUUGCUUAGAACUUUCUCCGGACGAGCUUGCCACUCGAACUUUGGAUGAAAUUGAUAUCGCAUAUGACGAAGUUGCGCCCAAGCACUACAAAGAGAAUGAAGAUCCAAAGUUCUUCAAGUCAAAAGCCACAAACAGGGGACCGUUGAUGGAAGGUUGGCGACAAACUCACGACCCCAUCAUGUGUUCGUACAAAUUAGUCAAGAUAAGCUUUGAAGUAUGGGGUUUGCAGACUAGAGUGGAAGACUAUGCACACAAGGCUAUUCGAGAUAUUUUACUACUUGGACACCGCCAAGCUUUUGCGUGGAUUGAUGAAUGGUAUGGAAUGACCGUGGAUGACGUGCGGACCUUUGAGAAAAAAAUGCAGGAGGAAACAAACCUCAAAGUGUUAUCUGUUGCUACUGAAGGAUGUGAUGGUGUCGCUGAUGGUGAAACUACUCCCAUUACUACGACUACUAAAUCCGAUGAGGAAAGCAAGGAAGACGAAGACAAGGAUGGAGAUAACUUUGCAUCUGCUAAAACCAGUCCCACGAAAGAGACUGCAUCAGUUCCCUCGUCGCCCUCUGGGGAUGAAGGCGCAGCAGUGGCGAAUAAUCCGGUGGCUGCAGCAGCUGCAGGACUUCGGUCAUGGUUGAAUUGGUCCUAACCAAUUAGGACCAAUGAAGCUGGUUAAAAUUUCUGAGUUGUAAUCAUCUUUAAUUUACUCUGUUUGCUGCACGUCGACUUGUGUAUGUCGUAAUUCAAACUGAAUCAUUUGCAGUAUUUACAUCCAAAGUACCGUUCAGUAUUUAUAUCACAUCGAAAAAACAGUUAGCUGAAGAAUGUUGUUUUUUUUACUUAACCAUACUACUUUUUAAUUCAGUUACAAAAUUGUUACUCUAGUCGCUGUUGACAGUUCUUAUCAUUGCAAUCGUAGUAUGAAAUUGUAGUUCCUUGAAGGAAACAGUAUAUAUUGUCUCGUCCCCCACACCAAACUCCAAAACCAAUGGUGUUGUUCAAAAGGUUGUAAAUAGGAAUUGUUAGCAGGAGAAAUAAGUUCUUACUAUUAGAUAAGUACUUAAAAGGUUGAAUGUUAUGUACAUAUACCAGAUCAUAAUAUUUAUGCAUUUAGCGUACGACGGAAAAUGAUAUUACUAAAUCUAUAUGCGAAAAAUAAAAUCCGAAUGAAUUGAAA